CUCUCACUCUCUCAGUCGCUGUGCUCUGACGGAUGGGGAUACACAGCCGAGGACGACUUACUGGAGAGAAGAGUGUGUUUCUUUUCUUCUCUGGUGUUUUUUCUUUCACUUCCGCCUGGCUUUCCUCAUGAGCUUUUAAUUCCAGCCCAGGUCCCAAAGAUGAGGAGAAUCUAUUUGUGAGGAAGACACAACGAAAGGAAAGAAAAAGGAGCAACAGGGUGGUAAAAUCUACGAGCGGGAGUGAACACGAAGAGCUUUUUCUUCAGGCUCAAACAAGAGUCCUGACUGCUGCAGAAGCAGCAGCCAUGUGAGAAGAGCUGUCAGCAAGCAGAGGAUGCCCACGUCCAGCUAAAACCAAGCAUCCACCCCCCUUCCUCCCACCUGCGCCCCCCCUCCUUCCCACAUGAGGACGAGAAGAUGUCUAUCACCCGCCAGCAGUCCUUCAAUGUCCUGACAGUCAUCUUCCUGCUGUUGUCCACUGCAGCCCUCUCAGCUCAUUUUCGGGUGUGUGAACCCUACUCGGACCACAAGGGGCGUUACCACUUUGGCUUUCACUGCCCACGCCUCUCAGACAACAAAACUUACAUGUUCUGUUGCCACCACAACAACACAGCCUUCAAAUACUGCUGCAAUGAGACUGAGUUUCAGAUGGUCAUGCAGAUCAACCUCACCACCACCUCAGAUGGAUAUGCACACAAUAAUUAUACGGCCUUGGUCGGUGUGUGGAUCUAUGGCUUCUUCGUCAUGGUGCUGCUGGCCCUGGACUUUCUCUACUAUUCAGCCAUAAACUAUGAGUUGUGCAGGGUUUAUCUGGAGAAAUGGGGUCUUGGAGGACGCUGGCUGAAGAAGGCUCGAAGUCAGUGGCACAAGUCCAUGUCAGAGGAGAGUGAAACCCAGGCUCCAACCCAGUCCAUGGCCCCCAGCCACUACCAGCCCCGACACAGUCUCCGAGGGGAGAGCCACAGCCCUACGCUCCUGCCCUACAACACAUCUACUGCAUGAAUGAUGCUGUGAGUGGACACAAUGAAGAGUAGCAACACCUUGUUCCCUUACAUGGUACAGAGGAGAUCUGCUCCACAGAUGCCAAUCUCUGACUCACCAACACAAACACCACUGCUGGGCUAGCCAUACCGUAGUAGUUAGAAGUGACUACUGCCCCUUUCCGAUGAGCACAACACACCCAUUUGGAAAAUCAGCUGAACAAAGGACCAUGCUGCUGCUGCCACCACAGCAGAGGAGCGGAAGACAUAUUGAACAGCUCACAAGUGUUCAGAGAGCCCCUGAAAUGGCUGCCAAGGCCUGGAGUAUCCCAAACAAAUCUGAGCUGAACUCUGUUAACUGUACUCACAGGCAAGGAGGCUUGCCCUUUUUUAUUUUAAAAGCUCAUCUUUCUAGAUAUAAAGUGUUUAUUACACUGCUGUGUCAGUUUGUGUUCAGUAGCAGUUAGACACAGUUGUGGGUUAUCUAUUUGGUGAUUUCUUUAUGUGAACUAGUCAGAGAAAUAUAUGGUUAACAUUCAGAACAUGUGACAGCUUAGGUUGAUGCUGAGCAUCUCACUUAGAGUAGAAUGUUUUUGUUACUGAAACUAGAACAAAAUGUCUCUGCAGCCAUGUUGAAAAACAAUAUCUUGUAUGAAAUGUUUUACGUCUUCUUUAUGAAAAACAAGAAAAUUAUUGUAAUGUGUCUGACAGGGACACACUAACACACAGUUUAAUUGCUGUAUAUCUAAAGGUUUUACAUUAGAUCACUGAGAUUUCUCUCUGGUUUAGUGACGGUGAAGAAAAUUAUAUCGACUCUUAAUAAGUUAUGUCACCCAAAACAUUAAUGAGAAUCAGGGAUGCUUUCAAAGCAGAGCCUUAUGCUGAGUUAAACAUAACCUUAGCUAUGAACCUAUAAGCCCAUUUGAGACCGUUAUGUAUGAAGUAAGUGUGCGACAGUUUCCUCAGUGACCUCAUCCAAUGACUUGUUUGCCCUCAUUACCGGAGCUGCCUGAAAAUCAAAUCCAUUAGCAAUAUGAUGCAAAUGAAUAUCCAUUUAGGUUCCUUUAUAAGGAGCACUCUACAUCCCACAUUGGUAAUAGACAAUUUUAAGUGUUUAGCCAUAAUAAAGGUUGAAGAAAAAAAAAACUAUCAUUAAUCGCCCCUUCACUGUCAGCAAUAACGUGCAGUAGCUUAAUCAAAAGCAUGACAUGCUAUGUAAAAGUCAGAAGGGGCAGCCAAAUGAGCGCCAGGUAAUCACUGGGGUGUAUCGCUGAGGUUUCCGCUUGAUUUACAUUUAAUGAGAAGGUGAAGUCGGUGAAAUGGGCACACAGAGCCAGGAUAAUGAACUUGUAGCGAUAUAGGUCUCCAACCAUUUCUCUGUCUGCUUUGUAAGAAGAAAAGUGAAAAUAAUUAAAUAGUUUCAUUAGGGUUUCAGCUAAGUACUUUUUCUUGAUUAAUAAAGUAAUAAUUUGGUCUAUAAAGUGUCAGAAAAGAUUAACAACUGACCAUUAUGAUAGAUAGACAGACCAAGGUCAGGUAUUCAAAUUGUUUUUGUUAUGAAACCAACAUUUCAGUUCACUGACAAAAACAAAAUCCUCAUAUUUGGAACCAGCAAAUGAUAAAUUACAAAAGAUGAUGUCAGUUAUCAAAAUACAAGCCUCUAGGGCCACAGAUAAAAACUGAUUUCAUUACUGAUUAGUCUGGCAAUUAUUUAUUCAGUUAUCAUUUGUUUUUUGAAAUAUGAAAAUUGGUAAUAUAUGCAGAUUAUUUUUCUUCUCCAUCUAACGGUUCAAAAUCCAAAGAUAUUUAAUUAACGAUCACAUUGGAUAAAGAAAAGCAGCAAAUCUUCACUUGAGAGGCUGGAACAAGAGAACUGUUUGGCAUUUUUGCUUGAAAAAUAAAUACUGUAGCUUAAAUUGAGCACUUAUUAAAGAAAAUGCUUCACUUCCUGCUCUAACCCGAAAUAUCUGCUGAGAGGAAUUCUGUGUUGUCAAUCAAAUGCUGCUCUUUCUGUCUGACAGGAGCAAGCAAAGCAGCUGCUUAUGCCACAAACACAGUGUGAAAACCAGGUGGUCUGUCCCAGUCAUGUCCAGCUGUUAACCUGGCAGCUGUUGCACCUUUACAUGCACAGAAUUUUUGGUCAAUGCACACAUUGCAGUGUCCUCACUGAAAAAAACAUGCACAAGCAGAAGAAACAAGCCAUGAGACUUGGCUUUUGCCAAUGUAUUCACCCUCCCCAGUAAUGAAGUUUAAGCAGAAUAACAGAACUAUAGUCAAGUGCUGUACGCUGGCUCUGCCAGUGUCAGCCUCAGCUAUCAGUAAUAAUAUUCACAUUUGCAGAGUUGUUAGAGCAAGUUAAAUCCCAUUUUACCAGCUAAAGUUUAAUUAUAUGUGUGCCCCACCAGGCUCAUGCCAUCACUUCUAGGGACAGAAAAACUGGAUGUGUUCAAGUGAAAUAAUUGGCCCCAGAGAUGAGCAGUUGUUCAAAAUGACACUCCUUCGGUCUCUCCUUAGCUGCCUCCUUAUUCCCAGCAGCAGCAAACAGGGAAAAGUCAUUUUUAACAGGUGCAGAAGCACCAAAAGGGAUUUCAUUAGUCCUCUGCUGGAUAAGUGGGAAAAAUCUAAUAUGUUAGAGAACAUGCCGCUUUUCAGGGCUCUCGGCCGCAUAAGAGGUCUGUUCUUAUCACUAAUCAAGUAACAGUCACACACAGGGAAUAGAAAAAAACUUCAUUUUGUCUCAACAAGCAGUAGCAGGGUCAAAAGUGAUUCCCUUAAGUGACAUACAGACAGGUGACAAAUGAAAGCAGAAACCUGAAUAAAUGAAUGGGCUCUUCCAGGAUUGUGUCCAUAGAGCAUGAGGGGUCACUGAAUGAUCUGAUGAGUAUGAAAAUGAUAUGAAUCAUAUGCUAUGGCAUUCACAGUCACCAGAUCCCAACCCAAAUGAAUACCUAAUGGAGAUAUUGGGCUGACGUGUUAGACGGCGUUCUCCGCUGGCUCCAUCAAAACACCAUCCCUCCAGUUCCAAAGACUUGUAGAAUUAACGCCAAGGCACAGUGAAGGUGUUGUGGCGGCCCGUGCGGCCCAACACCUUACUAAGACACAAUAAGUCACCUGUUUGUAUGACCAAUCCUUCCCUCAUUUCUUAAAAUGUUAAAACUUAGUUUUGUGAUGUCUUCUGUUUUGUUGAAAACAGUCUUGACUCUGACCUGAUGUGAUGUGGUACUGUAAAGUGUAUCAGCUCAACCCUCUUCCCAAAUAUAAUAAAAAAAAAAAAAAACUGAACAGAGGGAGGCAAGAAGGGAAGGGAGCACACAUCUGUUCACUCUCUCCAGGUUGUCAUGGUAACAGUUGCCUUACAGUCGAACACCCACUUGUACACAGAAACUUUGUAGUGGUUGAUACCUCACUUUCUGGGUGUGGUAGUGGCGAUAAUGUGCACCACGUUCUGUCUAUGUAUUUACUACUAGAUAGAAUGUCCUGUAUCGUUUUCAGAUGGAUUGUUAUUGCACUUGUUGAUUUUGUAUUGUCACGACAGGGAGAAAUAAAGUUUUAACUUUUCCAGUGUGUUUAAAUCCUCUUGUCAACUCGUUUAUUUCAAUAAGCCUAUAAAGCAAUUCCUAGCCAAGCCAAAGUGCCAGGUUCAGACUAUACCAUUUAAGUCCAGUAAUACUGUAAGGAGCUGGGACCAAAACUGGGUUAGAUUUCCUGUUUGGUCUUUUAUUAGGUGGCUCAGG